UUUAAUGUUUCUUUGAACUCUCCUCUCUCUCUCUCUUUCCUUUUUCCCACUUUCCCUCUCAUUUCCUCCCCUCUCUCUCUCUCUCUCUCUCUCUCUCUCUCUCCUACCACUUGAAAAUUCCCCCUGCAUCCUCUCUUUUCACACGCACACUUUUCCCUUUCUUUGAACUUCUCUCGCUCAUCCCAUUCCCAUGGAACUCGACCCCUCGCCCGUGACUCCCUCUCCAUCUCCGAAUUAAAAAAGUCUCCAUCUCCCCCAACCGCCCCCUCCCUUCCCUCAUGAUUUCACCCUCUCUAUUCUCCUUUCUUCUCCGCCGCCAUCGCCAUCGCCAUCGCCAUCACCAUGCGUUCAGCUCAGGUCCAGCAGUCACAGCGCACCGGUGAGACGCCAUCGCCGCCGCCGCAGCACCGCCACCACCAUUACCAGAGCACAACUCCCUUCCACUCCACGGUCUCCGUACAGAAGCUUCGCCGAUUCAACUCCCUCAUCUUCGUCUUCCGCCUUGCCGCUUUCUCCUUCUCCUUGACUUCUGCCGUCUUCAUGCUCACCAACUCCCGCGGAUCCUCAUCUCCUCGCUGGUACGAUUUCGACGCUUUCAGAUUCGUAUUCGCAGCGAAUGCAAUAGUAACUUUGUACUCUCUGUUCGAAAUGGUGGCUUCCGUUUGGGAAAUUUCAAGAGGAGCCACUCUCUUUCCGGAAGUCUUGCAGGUCUGGUUCGACUUCGGCCAUGACCAGGUGUUCGCGUACUUGUUGCUGUCUGCGGACUCGGCGGGAACGGCGCUGGCGAGAGUGCUAAAGGAUGGGAUGGACACGUGUGAAGCAUCGAACGCGUUCUGCGUCCAGGCAGACAUCUCCAUAGCCCUUGGAUUCGCCGGAUUCCUGUUCCUAGGGUUUUCCUCUCUGCUCUCGGGUUUCCGGGUUGCCUGCUUCAUCAUCAACGGCUCUCGUUUUCAUCUUUAGCUGAUCUGUUGGAGAUUUAAAAAAAAAGAAAAAAAAAGAGAGAAAGAAGUGUUAAUUUUAAUAAUAGCA